ACAAAAAGGGGGGAUGGUGCAGGGAGAAGAAGAGCUUGGUAAAAUUGGACAGGCAGCGGGACUCUGGUGGGCGUGGAUCCGGAGCUGAGGUCUUCCUGCUCGGCUGAACACGUGGUGCCGUGUUCGCCUUCAGUUCCUGUCUGUGUGUGGAAGGUCCAGUACAGCCUUCAGCUCUUUUUUAUUUGUGUUUAACAGUUAGAGGGGACCCCCUGCUGCUGUUUUUAUAUCGCACCACCUUCCCCUCUUCCUCCCCGUCUUGCUACACUUGCCCCCCUCCCUCCCGCUCUCCUCUUCCUCCUGUCUUGCGGCGCCUCCCGGGACUCUUCCUCCGCCAGGCCGCGGUCACUUCAGCGUGGAUCCGUUCCGACACGGAGAGACUCUGUGUGUGUGUGUCCGUGUGGUGGUGCUGAGUGUGGAAGAACUUGACCAGGAUAAGAGCGUGUGUACCCCCCCUACCUACCCCCUCCUCUUCCUCCACCUCCUCCUGCACCUCCACCACCAUCAUCCUCCUUUAUUUGUUCGGUCAUGACGCUGGAAGCGAUCCGCUACCGGUCCGGGUCCCUGCAGAUCCUCAACCAGCUGCUGCUGCCACACCAGACCGUCUACGAAGACAUCCGCUCCGUGCAGGACGCCUACGAGGCCAUCAAGUCCAUGAAGGUGCGUGGAGCUCCAGCCAUCGCCAUUGUGGGCUGUCUCAGCCUGGCUGUGGAGCUGCGGGCGGGCGCUGGCGGCAAUGACCCCGUAACCUUCAUCAGAGAGUCUCUGUGCCACCUCACUUCAGCAAGGCCCACUGCCGUCAACAUGGGCCGAGCCGCCCGCGAGCUCAUGGAGUUUGCAGAGAACGAGAGCAUGGAGAAGAACUCGGAGCAGCUGAGGGAAAGUGUAAUUUCAUGGAUCGAAGAUAUGCUGGAGCGUGACGUCAACGACAACAAGAAGAUCGGUAACUAUGGAGCCCAGCACAUCCUGUCGGGCGUCCCGAGGGAUUCUGUGACUAUCCUCACACACUGCAACACGGGUUCGCUGGCCACAGCUGGCUACGGGACGGCGCUGGGCGUGGUGAGAAGCCUCCAUGCUCUUGGCCGGCUGAAGCGCGUAUACUGCACAGAGACGAGGCCGUACAACCAGGGGUCCAGGCUGACAGCGUAUGAGGUCGUCGCAGAGGGCAUCCCUGCUACUCUCAUCACAGACAGCAUGGCGGCCCUCACCAUGAGGGAAAUGGACAUCACAGCUGUGGUUGUGGGUGCAGACCGAGUUGUUGCAAACGGUGACACAGCCAACAAGGUGGGCACCUACCAGCUGGCCAUCGCUGCAAAGCACCAUGGGAUCCCUUUCUACGUGGCUGCACCCAGCACAUCAUGCGACUUGAGUCUUGAGAGCGGGAGGGACAUCAUCAUUGAAGUGCGACCCCCUGAGGAGCUCACCAGUAUAAACGGAGUCCCCAUCGCUGCACCAGGUGUUGAAGUAUGGAACCCGGCGUUCGAUGUGACGCCUCACCAGCUCAUCACAGGGGGCAUCAUCACCGAGCUGGGCGUCUUCCUCCCGUCGGAGCUCCAGGCGGCGCUCACUGGCCGCCUCACCGCUCUCUAAAAACCUCCCAGCGCCUCCCGCUGGUCCCGGUGCACCACUGCACAUUCACGUCACACACUCUAAAUGACACUCUUGUCUUCACUGACGGUGCACAGUUUGUGGUUUUAGUUUUGUUUUAAUCAAUGCACAGUCACUGUAACAUGUCAGUGGGGCACUGUCUAAAAAAUCUUUAGAUUUUCUGCCAACCACAAACAAAAGAAAAACAGGAUUUUUCACUGCUGGGAGUCGAGAUGUGGGCAGUCUCUCCUUUCUUUUAGAUCCUUUUUCUGUAGUCUUCACAUCUCACUUUUUGUCCAUGCCAUUUUCAUUUUCCUUUAACUCUUUCUAAACCGCUUCUGUAGCCGACAGAGCUCAGCUGGACUCAACAUAAUUCAAUUUGGCAAAGAAUAAAUAAAUUCCUAGAGUCAUAGCUGAGGAACAAAAACAACAAAAAAUUAAAGGACGUGACUGUUUCAAUAACGUACCAGUUGUGGUUUCCAGAAUGCUGCUGCCUACUUGUGAAUAUAUAUUCCCCGCUGUUAGUGUGUACAUAUGUAGAAAACUAACUCUGCUAGUAAAAAAAAAAAAAGGUACUGCUAUUUUAACCAAAAAUAUGGUUAUUUCAAAUCAAAUUUGCCAUCUAAAAUGUUAUAUUAACAUUUAAUUUCUGUUAUUCAGUGUAGAAGUAUUUCUCUGGAGGACUAAUCGAACUCAUAGCUCAGAUGUUUACACGCAGCGUUUCUUGGUAACAUCAUAAAAGUAAAAACCGUUUUUGUUUUUACCCAUGUGUUAAAUAUAUGAUCCAAUCUGCUGAAGCCUUUUUCGGGACAUGGCUGUAUUUAUACCUCACUUCAUGUCUUCAUCUCACUGGCUGUACUGUAUUAUACCACACAUGUAUUAUACCUAUAAACACAAACACAUGUAUCAUGACAGAGCGCUCUGCUCCAGGGACACAAACACUGCAGCGAUCUUAAGAGGCUGUGGCUAUUUUAUAUAAUCCUAACUUUUAAAGGAAUAGUUCACUCAAAAAUGGAGAUUUUGGUUCACUACCACUUCACCAUUAACCUCCUGUCAAACAUGCGAUCAUUAUUUGUGAAUAACAUGCAGUCAGUUUUAUUUACCUUAUUAGCUAAAAAGAAAGAAAAUAGCCCGAGGCUUUAAUUCAGUUGUAUUCACUAGUUAUUAUCUUUAAGCAUAGUUUUGUACUUUAAUGUUAUUACUCUAUUGCUCUUUAUGCUCAAAAAUAAAGGUAGAGUACAUGAAAAUA